AUGGCGUCUAGAUCUUUUGCUGAGGAGGAUUUAUCUUGUCCGGUGUGCUGUUGCAUUUUUAUAAACCCUGUUCUUCUGUCGUGUAGCCACAGUUUUUGUUCAAGCUGUAUUCAGAGGGUUUGGGAAAAUAAUACACUUAAAGAAUGUCCGGUUUGCCGAAGAACAUCUUCAAAUGAUCGUCCUCCGGUAAAUUUGGCUUUGAAGAACUUGUGUGAGAGUUUUCAACAGGAGAGAAGAGAGAAAUCUGGAUCUGGAGUCUGUAGAGAUCACAACGAGAAGCUCAAACUCUUCUGUCUGGAUGAUCAACAGCCCGUGUGUGUGGUGUGUCGAGACUCCAGAAAACACACCAACCACAGAUUCUGUCCUGUAGAUGAAGCUGUCGCGGAUAAAAAGGAGAAACUCAGACGUUCACUGGAACUCUUGCAGGAUAAACUGAGAAUAUUUGACAAUUUUAAACAGAGUUUGGAUCAAACUGCUCAACAAAUUAAGAUUCAGACUCAAGACGCAGAGACUCAAAUGAAUGAGGAGUUUAAGGAAAUUCAAGAGAUUUUACACAAUGAAAAAACAGCCAGAAUAACAGCGCUGAGAGAGGAAGAGGAGAAGAGGAGUCAGAGGAUGAAGGAGAAGAUUGAAGAGACGAACAAACAGAUUUCAUCUCUCACAAUCACAAUCAGAGACAUCGAGGAGCAGAUGAAGGCUGAAGAUGCUUCAUUCCUGCAGAACUUUAAGAGCACAUUGCAAAGAGCUAAGAUUACACUGCCGGAUCCACAAAAGAUUACAGAGAAGAUCAGUGUCCCGAAACACAACCUGAAGUUCACUGUGUUACAGAAGAUGCAGGACAACAUGAAAACCUCGCAGGACAAUGUUGAUCUCGGAUUUGGUGCGAUGGGACAUCUGAGGACAUAUGUGUGUGCUUACUGUAGAAAAAAGUAUAGUGAAUGCCAACCGGUAUAACCAGGGGAGGUUCACAUGCAAAUAAUAUAUUCUCCAACUCGAUGAACUAAAUGGAAUCAAUCUACUGUACCUGCUCCCACACACAGCA